AGAGCAUACAUUUUUCUUGUUUACAAAUAGAUAAAAUGUUAUUUUUAAUAAAUUACUAAAUAAAACAAUACAAUGGAGUCGUGUUUAUUGUGUUUAGAAAUUAAUAAAGAUAUAUUGGAUUCCAUAAAGGCAAGCUCUACGCGAUGGGAGGAACUAGACAUAGCAAAAGUGAUACAAAAAUACUUUUGGCCAUUGAACAUCAUACAAGCAAGUUCCUGGAUAUGUUUGUCAUGCUGGGAAGAAGUAGAUGAUUUUCACAAAUUCUACAUGCGCAUAGAGGAGGCUCAUAUGAAUUUUGGAAAAAUAAAAGUUGAGGAUGGUGCGGCUGCAUUGGUGGAAUGUAAAGAGGAAUUAACGAUACAUAAAACAAAAAUUAAAGAUACUGGUGAAGAGCCGGAAAAAGAUAAUUUAGCAUUUUGUUUUCUGGAACCGGAAAUACUAAUAGAUCAACCUCAGCCUCAGGAUUUGACGGAACCGGAAAUACUUAUAGACCAACCACCCGCCCCCGACUUGGUAGUUGACAAAGAAACACCAAUAACAGAGCCUUUAGAUGAAAUCGAUUUAGAUGAUAUGCCUUUGAAACAGGCCUGCAAACGUUUAAGAUUACAAAAUGAACAGACAAAUAAAGAUCCUCUAGAAAAAUCGAAAAAACCUAAGGUCAGCAAGCCUAGGAAUAGAAAAACGUUUAAAGCCAAAGCUUCUGCAGAAACAAAAUCAACGGAAGAAAAUACAACAGAAGAGUCAAAAGUUAAAGACGAGCCAAUUGAUAUGAAUGAUAACAAUAAUGAUUCGGAUAGUGUUAGUGAUAAUGACAACGGUGCCGCCGAUGAUAAUUAUCAGCCAGAUAAAGAUUCCUCCGAAUGUGUAGAAAGUAAGAGACGCAAAGCUUACAAUAAACACCGCACAAAUCGUAAAGAAAACGAUCAAUUUAUAGCCGAACACUUUAAACAAAUGUUCUGUGAUCUUUGUCAAGUAACAUUUGAAGAUUUUCCCGCCAUGCAAAAACACUUUACCAUAAAUCACAAUCAACGGGGCUAUGUUGUUUGCUGUAAAAGAAAAUUUUUCGAUCGCACUCGUUUGGUUGAUCAUCUUCACUGUCAUUUAAAUCCUGAUCAUUUUAAGUGCAACGAAUGUGGCAAAGCCAUGUCCGAUCGUACCAGUUUUGAUAGUCACAUGUUACGUGUACAUAGGGCUAGUGAGGUUGUGAAGCAACAUUGUUGUGAUGUUUGUGGCAAAUCUUUUACUGAAGCCUAUGUGUUGAGAAUUCAUAAAUUAACCCAUUUGCCGGAAGAAGAAAAGAAGUUCCCAUGCACUGAUUGCGGAAAAAAUUACGGCAGUCCGUAUCUAUUAAACCAACAUAGACAAGCGGUGCAUCUUAAGCGUUUUGUUAAAAUUUGCUACAUAUGCGGCAAGGCUAUAAAUUCAAGUGCUGAAUUUAAAGUACACAUGAACAAGCAUGAAGGCAUUCCCGCUCCAGUUAUCAACUGUGAUGUAUGUGGCUUACGUUUGACUAGUGAACGGGGCCUAAAGUUGCACAAAGAAUCCCAACAUCCGAUAGGAGGAAAACAAGAACAUCACUGUCCUAUAUGUCCUAAAAUAUCACCCACUCUUAAAGCACUUAAGAAACAUGUACACACAAUGCACGAAAAGGGUUACGAUCACAAGUGUAGCAUUUGCGAAAAGGCAUUUAAGAGAUCGGAAGCUUUAAAGGAACAUAUGGCCACACAUACUGGCACCACUUUAUACACUUGCCCUUGGUGUCCGAAAACCUUUAAUUCCAAUGGCAAUAUGCAUGCUCAUCGCAAAAAGAUUCAUCCAAAGGAAUGGGAAGAAUCAAAACUACAGAAGUAUUCGGGCAAUAUACCACCAGAAAUUUAAAUAUUAAAAAAUAAAAAUAUUAAAAAAAAUAUAUUUUAAAAAAUAAUUUUUUAUUUAUAGUAGUUUAAUUAAGUCUCAUGUUUAUUUUACAAAACAAUAUUUGUAUUUAAAUUAAUCAUUGAGUAAGUAGUAACUACUUUUUUAAGUUAAAUAAAUGGGCACAAAUCUUGAACAGAUUUUGCUAAACUAUUGCAUA